AUGUAAGAUAAGAGAAUAAGCUUAGUACAUAUUUGUACGCUUUGUAAUUUAGCAAUUAAUACUCCUUGUAGAACUUAAAAAUGUGAUCAUGUUUUCUGCUGUGAUUGUAUAUAAACAUGGAUUAAAGAUAAUAACUGUUGCCCUUAUAGAUGCUCAGCUGUAAGAUAAGAAGAUUUCUUCUAUAUAUCAAAAAAAGAAUUAGCAUUUACAAAAGCUCCCUUUAAAUGCCCAAGAUAUUCCUUAGGCUGCAAAAAGAUUUUAAGUCAUAAUGAUUUGAAUUUCCAUUUAACAAACGAAUGUGAAUUUAGAGGAAAUCAAUGCGAUUUGUUACAAGUAUCUAAGGAUUAACAGCUUUUUAAUUAAUAAAAUAUGCUCAGGAAUAAAUCUAUGACAUCCAAUUGCUUUCUUUAACUAUCACCACUAUCUAACAUGACUAAAAAAAUCACCUCUAAGUAAUAGAGCAAUAAUUUAAUGCCUAGCCAAUAUGAUUUAAUAAAAAGCUAUUCAGGUUAAGACAAUAACUCAACUUAAAAUAAUAUUAGUAAUAAUUUAACUAAAUAAAAUACGCAUGAAGAAAACGAUGUUAGUCUAGGCUCUUUAAAUGGGAUUCAAAACAUUCCUGAUGAAAGCGAGACUACUACAGAAUUUUUUCCUUAUGCAGUAGGUGCUCCUAUUGAGUAAAUAUAAAUGAUGGAAAUAUCAAAAACAAUAGUGUUUUUAAAUGAGCAAUUUAGAAAAUUCAUUUAACAUUUUAUAUUUUCUUUAAAAUCAAAGUCAAAUUAAACGUCUCCUUUUGAAAAUUUAAUUGAAAAGAGUGAUCUUUAUUUUUCUCAGCUUGAAGACAAAAUAGAAAAAAUAAAAAAUAAAUAUUUUUGCAAUGACUAAAGCCAAAAAGAAUAACAAGAUAUAUAAUCAAAAAAUAUAAAUUUGCAAAGUAAGAAGGACCAUGCUAGUGAAAAUGAUAAUAAUAACUGUAAUAGCAUUCCCAAUAAAUUUGAAGUUUUGGAUUAAAAAACUGUGUAGUCAAAGCUAAAUCUAGGUCCUGCUUUAAAUGUUAAAUAAAGCCCAAAUUCAUAAAAUUAAAAAAAAGAAAAUUUAAAAAGAACAAGCAAUAGUCUUUUAAAUGAGUAGGUAAUAGGUAACUUAUACAACAAAACAAAAUUAAAUUAAGAAUAAGGAGAUUCUUAAAACAAUAAAAUUGCUAAAAAAGUAAAUAUUAGUUUAGUUAGCGAUCAAGAAAAUAAUUUUUGUAUGAUGAAUAUCAAUAAUGAAAAACGAAACUAAGCUUUUUGUAAGCAGAAUUCAGAGAGAACAUCAAUUAUCUAAAAUGCUGCGAAACUUAAUAAUUUGACUUUUAAUUAAGAAAAUUAAAAUAUUUUAAAUUAAAAUAGUGGAAAAAUCAUAUAAAAUAAUGGACUUUUGCAAAAGAAAAACUCAUCUUAUAGUGAUUUAAAAAAAGUGUAGAAAAUCACAUUUUAGAAGAGUAGCAUCUGCUCUAAUUUAAAUACAGCAGCAUCUCAAUAAAAAAAAUGGAGAAAAUCAUCAAGUAAAGAAAAUAUUCGUCUUAACACACAAGAAUAAUAAUCUGAAAAUUAUUUGUAAAACGUUCAAUUUAUUGAUAUAAAUAAAGGAGUUAAAACUCAAUAAACAAGUAGAAACUCUAUAAAUUUGCUUUAGCUUCCUCUUUAAUUUUAUAAUGAUUAAAAUGGACAGUACGAUUAACAGACAAAAAUUAAUAUUGUUUCUACAUAAUCUAUUCAAGAGUAAUUUACUUCAAGGUUUGAGUAGAAGCAUGGAAUAUCUGCAUAAUCUGGUGAAGAUUGUAAAAAUUUGGAUAUUGAUGAGUUUUCUUCACAGAAAAUUUAAACCAAGAACUUCUCAAUCAAUAGAAAUUAACUAGAUGCAAAGGAAAUCGAAAACUUUUCUUCAGAAAACUAUAACUAGUGCUUGAACUACAAAAUAAUUAGAGAAAAUGAAACAUUUUAGGAGUUUUAAAAUAAGGAAACCCAAAUGUAACACAAGUAAUAAACGUAGUUAUCAUCUUCAUUUGCUGAAGAUAUUGAAGAAAAUGCUAAUGAUGUAACUUAGAUCGAUAUGCAAAAUACUAACACAACAAUCCAUUUUUUGAAAGCCUGCAAAAGUACAUUGAACAACUCAAUAGAUUUAAAAUAAUCAUAUUAAACAUAGUUCACUCCUAAAUAAGAAAAGUAAAUCAUUGAGCAACUAGAGUUAGACUAUUUAAACUCGAAUAAAAACAUCAGAGAAAAUGACAUUAGAUACAUCAUCAAUGCUAAAUGGUGGAGAAAUUGGACUCAAUAUGUAAGCUAUUUUGAAAAGGAAGAAAAUAUAGAAAUCUCCAAUCAUAAUAAUGUUUUAGGAAAGAGGUUUAGUGUUAACAUUGAACGCCCUGGCUAUAUCAACAACAAGGUACUUACUAAGAAUUCAUACUUUUUAGAUAAAAAUUCUUAAAUAAAUACGAAUUUGCUUCAGCUGAAUGACAAUCUUUUGGAGCACCAUGAUUAUGUUGUUUUGUCAAAGCCGGUUUUUAUGUAAUUGAAGAAAUGGUACAACGUUGAUGUAAUAAUUCCUAGGUUUCUUAAGUUUGACUCCAUAGAAAGAGUAUUUUUUGUGGAUUUAUAUCCAGAAAAAAAUAAUUUAGUUAAAAAUUGUAGUAGUAGAAGUAAUUCAAAUAAUCAAAAAAAAACCAGAAACAGAUCUGAGUAGUAAAUUCAGAAUAAUUAGCUAUACCAUUCAAGAAAUAACACUUUAUCAAAUGUUGAUGAUCUAAAUGAGCAAAAGCAAUAAAUAAGAGGACAUUUUUCAAAAGACGAAUUGGAGAGUUUUCAGAGUAAUAAUGUAAGGUACGCUUCUUUAGGAAGCUUAAAGUGGAAAGAAAUAGCUUAGAAUAAUUAAAUAGAUAGUGAAACGAACUACCAAUCAGAACUAAUAAAUUAACAAAAUAAUAAAUAGUGCAGCAUAUUUUGA